UUCAAGUUUCUGUCAAUACAUUUUCUAUGUGAUGUGUGAUCAAUUUUCUUGAUUUAACUUUGCAUCUGUGUGGUAUAUAGUGCAUAGAGAUGGUUAUCAUCUCUCCAUCAGAAAAAAGAAAUGGAUGUUCUUUAUACCAUUUUCAUCUCCAUAGCUAUUCUCUUGUUGAUUUGUGUGACUCCUACAUUAGUUUUAACAGUAAGGAUCUAUGCUGGCAAGUCAAUCAGAAACCCCAAAUAUGCACCAGUGGAAGGGAAUGUGUUCCAUCAGCUCUUAUACUUCAACAUAAUCUAUGAUUAUCAAACAGAAUUGGCUAAAAAGACUCCUACUUUCCGGCUUCUGGCGCCGGAGCAGAGUGAAAUAUAUACCACUGAUUCAAGAAAUAUUGAGCACAUUCUUAAGACAAACUUUAGCAAGUACUCUAAAGGAAAGAGAAAUCAAGAGGUUAUAAUGGAUUUGUUUGGUGAAGGGAUUUUCGCGGUGGAUGGUGAGAAAUGGAAGCAGCAGAGGAAACUUGCAAGUUUUGAGUUCUCAGCUAGAGUAUUGAGAGACUUUAGCUGCAAAGUUUUCAGAAAAGGAGCAGCCAAAUUGGUCAGCAAGGUUUCUGAGUUCUCUCUUGCCAACCAAGUUUUUGAUAUGCAAGAACUGCUAAUGAGAUGCUCCCUGGAAUCAAUAUUCAAAGUUGGCUUUGGAGUUGAUCUGAACUGCCUGGAUGGAUCAAGUGGAGAUGAUAACGAAUUCAUCAAGGCCUUUGAUGAUUCAAAUGCAUUGUCAUAUUGGCGUUAUGUCGAUCCAUUCUGGAAGCUUAAGAGAUACUUCAACAUCGGAUCUGAAUUUCUUCUGAAAAAGAACAUCAAGUUCAUCCAAGAAUUCGUUGAUGAAUUGAUUAGAACGAGGCGCAAACAGCUAGAAAUGAAACAAGAUUCUAUGGAUAAGGAGGACAUACUCUCAAGGUUCCUAGUAGAGAGCAAGAAGGAUCCAGAAAAAAUGACUGAUCGGUAUCUCAGAGAUAUUAUACUGAAUUUCAUGCUUGCUGGCAAAGAUAGUACUGCUAAUACUCUUUCAUGGUUUUUCUAUGUGCUUUGCAAGAACCCCUUGAUCCAAAUAAAGAUUGUUGAGGAAAUAAGAGAAGUUAUUGGCAAUAACAUGAAGGAUAAUGGAAGUGUGGAUGAUUUUGUAGCAAGUAUUACAGAAGAAGUCCUCGAGAAAAUGCAUUAUCUUCAUGCAACAUUAACAGAGACCUUGAGGCUAUACCCUGCUGUCCCAGUGGAUGGCAGGUGUGCGGAUGCAGAUGAUGUUCUUCCUGAUGGCUUUCACGUCAAGAAAGGGGAUGGGGUUUAUUAUAUGUCCUAUGCAAUGGGGAGGAUGCCUUACGUUUGGGGGAAUGAUGCUCAGGAUUUCCGACCUGAAAGAUGGUUGAAAGAUGGGAUUUUCCAGCCAGAGUCACCAUUCAAAUUCAUAACAUUCCAUGCUGGUCCAAGAUUGUGUCUAGGCAAAGAUUUUGCUUAUCGACAAAUGAAGAUAUUAUCAAUGGCUCUUCUCCAUUUCUUCAGGUUCAAAUCGUCCGAUGACACGAAAGAAGUAACUUAUAGAACCAUGUUUACCCUCCACAUCAAAGAAGGGCUUCAGGUUAAUUAUAGUAAUCAAGAAAGCAUAGAGAUACAAGGGCAUGCCAAUUGGUGAUAUGAGGACAAGCAAGCCAAAACAGGAGAAGCAGUUGCAGGCGAGAUAAACCUUACGGUA